AUGGAUACGACGUCGUUCGUGCGCAACAGAUACUGGGUUCUGAGGCACGGCAAGAGCAUUCCAAACGAGAAAGGCCUUAUUGUCUCAUCCAUGGAAAAUGGUACGCGUGCUGAAUUUCAAUUGGCAUCUGAAGGGGUUCAGCAAGCAGAGUUGGCUGGAGAGUUAUUUCUAAAGGCACUAAAGGCAAAUAACAUACCGCUUGAAAAUGUCCGCAUUUCUUACUCUCCCUUUUCAAGAGCAAGCCACACUUCUAAGGUUGUUGCAUCCAUGUUGAAUCUUCCAUUUAAAGGUCCUCAAUGUAAGGCGAUGGAAGAUCUUCGAGAACGCUUCUUUGGUCCUUCACUAGAACUUACGUCACAUGAUAAAUAUCAAGAGGUAUGGGCUCUUGAUGAAAAAGAUCCGUUCAUGCGGCGAGAUGGUGGGGAAAGUGUUAAUGAUGUUGCUUCUAGGCUUUCAAAAGCUAUGGCAACUAUGGAGUCAGAAUUUCUGGGAUGCGCAGUGUUAAUUGUCAGCCAUGGGGAUACUCUGCAAAUCCUGCAGACGCUACUCCUCAAUGCGGUUAAGCAGAGCAUGGCAUCCAGUGGUAAUGACUUGGCAGAGAGAGUUGAAGCAGUUACAGUGCCUUCUAUCUUGUCACAGCACCGGAAAUUUGCCCUCCUCACUGGAGAGCUCCGUGCAGUUAUAUGAAUUUGGAAAUGCUAGCCUUG